UUCUCACCCUUCACUACCUCGAGGUGGGUCAAGGCGCUCAUUUGGUGACCGAAACCGACUACACCACCACACGAACCCAGGCGAUGUUUUCCAAAAAAACGAAAGCAGGACCCGGAAGGGCCAAAAAACUAAAGGGCUCAAAACAACCCGUUCAUGUAACCGAAGAGUCGCAGGACGACAGCAUAAGCCAACUACUGGGCGUCACUAUAGCCGCUAUCAAUGCUACCAAAGACCUUGUGCCCAUCGAUCUCGCGAAAGGCAUCCUCGGAACAAUUGCAAACAUUCUGACUCUUGCGCAGUCAGUAAUCAAGAACAAGUCCGAUUUCCAAGCGAUAGCUGACAAGUGCGAGACUAUCAGGGAAAUCCUUGGAAGGGCGACCAAGGAGGCUACCGAAGACGAUCUACGAGGACACUUGGGGCAUGCAUUAACCCAGCUUAACAAAUCAGUAAACCGCAUCAACAGUGAUGUAGCAUCAUCAAAGGAGCAAGGAUUUUGGAGGAGGCUCUCCACUGUCACGAUUGAUCGCGACAAGAUCGCUGUAUGGGAAAAAGACUUGGAUCGCGUCCUCGGACUCUUCAAUUUUGAAGCGAUCGCUGGCAUGGGGAUCGACAUGAAGCUCGUAAAAAAGGCAUUAGAACUCAUGGGAAAUGAUCCUAGUAUCAAUGCCCCAAAGAAUCGUCAAAUCAAGCCUCCAUCACGGCCUGCCAUGCUGUAUGGCCGCGACGAUCUUGUGGCAGAGUUGACGAACCUUGUUGUCAACGAUGAGCAUUUGGCGUUGAUUGGCCCUGGUGGCAUGGGAAAGAGUUCUGUGGCCAAAGCCAUCAUCAACGAGCCGCUCGUCAUAGAGAAGUUUGCUGAUCGGCGCUUCUUCGUGACUUACGAUGACCUGGAUCCUUCAACUAUCACUUUCGAAACUUUUAUGACUUGUUUCGCAAGAGCCCUUGGCAUAGAGAUCGCCGGCUCUGAUCCUGUGCGCCAGAUAUCUUCCUUUCUUGAUUCUGCCUGCGCCCUCGUUGUCUUCGAUAAUGCUGAGACCUUCGAAGAGGCCAGUGCAUCGUCGGCGCUCAGAGACAUACCACCAGCUAUUGCUGAAAUCGCCAAUAUUGCUGGUGUCGUUCUGAUCCUGACGUCACGCAGUAGAAGGAAUGCACCGAAUGUGGAAUGGAUAACAAAGGAUAUUCCACCCCUGGACUUGAGCUCUGCUCAAGCAGUGUUCUUUCGAAUUUAUCACCUCACCAGUCGUAGCGAAGCUGAAGAAGACAUAAAAGGCCUGCUGAAGGAAUUGGAUUUUCACCCCCUCUCCAUCAAUAUACUCACAAAUGCUGCGCAACAAAAUGGCUGGUCUCCGAUCAUGCUGCUCAAGAGAUGGAACGAUCGGCACAGUAAGGUACUUGAUGGCGGCAAGGGGAAGCUGCAAAGCAUAUCCGACACCAUGCAGCUGUCGCUCAGCUCUCCAUCGGUCCAGAACCUUGGCAAAGAUGGUCUUCGUGCAUUAGCCAUAAUCGCGUUCUUGCCCCAAGGUCUAAACCAGAACCUGGCUAGUGAUCUGUUGCCAUCGCUUCCGCAAGUCGACGCUAUAUGCGAUGUUCUAUGCAUGCAAUCUCUCGUUUAUCGUCAAGACAACUUCCUCAAGAUGCUCGCCCCCAUUCGGCAUUACGUGUGAGAUUCAUUGCAAGCACCUGACUCCACGUGUUUGCAAGAGAUCCGUGCCUUCUACUAUCACACUGUCUACUCCUGUUCGGAAGAACAUGAUCAGUAUGCUGAUAUCAUUAUCUCGGAUCACCUUAACAUCGAGCACGUAGUUGUUUUCAACCUUGCCAAUAUUCCGGAUGACACGGAAGAGACCUAUGCCGCUUGCUACAUUUUUUUGAUAUGUUUGGAGCAGCAUCUGCCACGCCCGACUACUCUUACCCCUGCUAUUUUCAAAAUCGUUGAAAACUCUUCCACGUGGACGCUAAAAGCAUA